GCAGCUGGAAAACUUCCCCUCUCCUUCACUGUCAGAGUUGGAGAUGAAGUAACUUUGCCUUGUGAAAAUGUGAUAGACGGUCAGCAAAGAUGUGAAUAUACUACAUGGCUCUUCAGUGUUUCAGGAAACACAGCAGCAGUAGAGCUGGUUAAACAUGGACAGAUUGGUGAAAACACCAAAUCUAAAUCAGACAGACUGAGUGUUACAGAGAACUGUUCUCUGGUUAUAAAGAAGAUCACAGUCGAGAAUGUUGGUCGUUAUGACUGUCAGCAGUUCAUAACAAAGGGAGGACAACAACAUGGUGAAAACUCUCAGGUUCUACUCUCUGUUAUUAUCAUGACUGAACAUCAGGACGCUGAUAAGGUGACGUUAAACUGCUCUGUGUCGACAGAUGAACAGUGUAGACACACAGUGAAGUGGCUGUAUGAGGGUAAAGAUGUGGACAAAGAUAACCAAGAUCUGAAGACAUCACAGUAUUCCUGCAAUGCCUCUGUGAGCUUUCUGACUUCUCAUUACAUUUACACAUCGAGACAUAACCAAUUUUCAUGUGAAGUGACUGAUGGUGACAAUGUGCAAGUGUUUCCCUUCAGAUUUCUGCCUUCAGGUGAGAAACCAGAUUGGUGGUGGUUGUACAUCAUUGUGACUGUGGCUUUAGUUGCACUAUUAAUAAUUGUUGUAAAAGUCAUCAGAUGGAAGAGAGCUAAAGGGAACAAAGCAGGGAUGAAUGACAAUAUUUGGCUGACCUCAGACCCUGCAGUGACUGAGUCUGCUCCAGAAAACACGGUUAUUGGAUCUACCCAUUCACCUGUUCUCACCAAGGGGGCUGAUCCUGAAGAUGGUGUUACUUACGCCACUGUCAGCUUCACCGCAAAGACCAACAGUGAAGGCCGGGUUCAGAGUAAAAAUGAUGCUGAUGAAGGCGAUGCAGUGACCUACAUGACCAUGAAAGCUUCCUCUGCUGAUCCCAGCAACCUCUACGCUACAAUCAACUGACCAAACAAAUCAAAUUCAUGUCAUCAGAUCUUUGCUUAAAUCUGUUUAUGUGUAUUACAAUCAUUUUCAAGAUG